AUGAAGAGGAUUGACAUUGACUUGGUAUCCAACAGGAACUGUAACGGUAAAUCCAUCUUCAUGGAUCUCAGCGGCGAACCCCGGCGGGUUAACAUUACCCGGUUAGCUGCAGCCCAAGAGGAUGAUACUGUUUCAGUUGAGGUUAUUUCGGAACUAAUUUGGAAGCUGCGUGAGGCUUAUCGGGGACGGGCGAAUAAUCGCAUCGUGGGACUCCAUGACGAGACAGAGCAAUGUGUUGUUCACAGAGAUAUCAAACCUUCCAAUAUUCUUCUUUCCUCAAAGAAGAUACCAAAGUUGUGUGAUUUCGGGUUAGCUACUUGGACAGCUGCACCUUCUGUUCCUUUUCUCUGCAAAACCGUGAAAGGCACAUUCGGCUAUCUGGCUCCUGAGUAUUUCCAGCAUGGUAAGAUAUCUGACAAGACCGAUGUUUACGCCUUUGGGGUUGUGUUGCUUGAGCUUAUAACUGGUCGGAAACCAAUCGAAGCCAGAAGAACAUCUGGUCAAGAAAACUUGGUUGUUUGGGCAAAACCGUUGUUGCAAAGAGGGAUAGAAUCCAUAGAGGAGCUGCUUGAUCCAAGACUAAAAUGUACAAGAAAAAACUCGGUUGAGAUGGAGCGGAUGAUCCGUGCUGCAGCGGCUUGUGUGAUCAAUGAAGAGUCCCGAAGACCUGGUAUGGAAGAGAUUGUCUCAAUCUUGAAAGGUGAAGAAGGAUUAGAACCAAAAACACAUUCAAGCGGGAAAAAUACAAAUAUUGCGGGUAUGAUUGACACUUAUACACAGCUGCAACAGACCAAAUCCGAGAUGAAAUGUCAUCUUGAUCUUGCGAUGCUCGGAGUAACAGAGCUUGAAGAUGAUGAUCAUGUGUACGGCCGAUGAAAAGAUAUCAAAGAGAUGGAUUAAAAGUGUGUAAAUAGGGUAUUUAUGAAAAGUUUGAAACAGAGUUGUUAGUUUCUGAAUCAGUG